ACGCAACCCGGCCACCUCCUCCACCGCUCAUUUGCUAGCCGACUUCCCUCCCUCCCUCCCUCCCGUGGCCUCUCUCUACCUUCCCAGCCGUUGUUGCAUUGCAGUCCCGGCCUGCUCUUCCUCCUCCCCUGCCAACUCCCCGUGGCGCCGUGGUUAAUUAGUGUGCAGCAAUGGCCGUGGCCUCCAUGGUUCAUGCACCGUCUCUCCUAGCAGUCCAGACCUUCCGCGGACAGAAGAAUGCUGCCGCUAACCGCUCACCGAGAGCGGCCGCUUUCAGAGUCCGGGCAGCCAAGCUUCCUGCCGGAGUCCAGGUGCCACGGGCGCAGCCCAAGCUGAGUGAGCCGUUCCUCGGGUUCACCAAGACCGCCGAGGUCUGGAACUCCAGGGCCUGCAUGAUGGGACUCAUCGGGACCUUCAUCGUGGAGCUGAUAUUGCACAAAGGUGUUCUUGAGAUAAUCGGUUUCGAAGUGGGGAAAGGCCUCGAUAUUCCUCUGUAGUCUGCUCUCCCCUGCCUGCCUAUGAGAUGUUGAUGCUCGGGAGAUGAGAGUCACAUGAAAAAAGGUUGUAGCCACCAAUGGCAAUGCUAUGCAUCAUAGUAAAUAUAUAAACAAGCGCUAAGCGUUCCAUUGUGCUUGCUA